AUAAAUUUAUGAUAUUUUUAGAUUAAACAUGGUUGAAGUCUUGGGCUGUGGAACAUUUUCAGUUCCCUCUCAGAUGCCCAUUGAAAUCGAUGUCUACAGUGAUCCACACUCUCGGAUGAAGGAGUUAGUGAACUCCGUUGUGGAAAAUAUUCAACAAGAAAUACUAAAUUUGAAUUCUAAGGAGAGAGAUGAGAUCUUGCAGAGCGUCUACCUGACAAUGUGGGAGCUGAAGACCCAUGAGAUUAUUGAGAACAUGUACAUUAUGAACAAGCUCAGGGACAGGCUGGAUACCCUCAAGGUGUACAACAAGGUCGUCUGCAACUGUCAUGAAGAUUCUUCUCUACUGAAUAUAAUAGAGUUAGUAGAAUAUCUUCAUUCAUCUGUAGACUCCAGUUCUACACACUACUACUGGCAGCGUCUACAGAGUGCUGUGUAUGAGUUUAUGGAUGAGUUCCUCCCCCACAUGGAGGAGGAGGAGAACACCUUCCAACCUUUACUCUGUAAAUAUUUCAACUUUGAGGAGCUCAAGCUUAUCAAGGAGACUGUUCUGGAACAGCACAGGUUGUGGAAGAAUAAAGUAGAACAGGAGAAGAAUCUUAACUUUUUCAAGGAGAAUUUACAGGAGAAUGAAAGAGAAGCGAAAAGAUCAACAUCUUAUUGUGACAAGCUCAGAGAGCUAGAGCAGAAUUUAAAUACUGAUGGAGAAUCUAUAGAACCACUAGUCAAACUUCAGGCUGAAACAGAAACUCCAUCUCCGGUUUAUUUUAUUCCUGGUGAAAUUUUGAUGAAGAUUCUACAGUUUCUUAGUCCUAGAGAUCUACUAGCUGCUGGAGCAACUUGCAGGAGAUGGUAUGAUAUAUCUCUAACCCCCCGGAUGUGGAAGAUAUUGCCCCUAAGUUCCUGGGAGCAGGGUGAGUUGACCUGGAGAGAUGAAUCUCCUGACCUCGACCUCGUGGAGCGGAGGACGGAUCUAAUGGAGGUUAAUGAGGAUGAGAUUGAGUUGGAUUUCUUCUCUGCCUUCUCAAGGUAA